AUGUCCACAUAUAUCAGAGGCCCUGUAUGCGGGACUGAUAACUGUAGAAGCAGACUAUGGCGUAUAAUCAAUGGCCAUAGGACCUGCCAGUACGGCCAUGUCAUGGAGGGUGAUGUAGAGUUCAACGACGAUGAUGAAGAAUUUAGCGCUAUGGGUGUCGUAACUAGGAGACUAAACUUGACAACUAAUGCCACGGGGAAUUUUCAGUCAAGCCAAGCAUUCAGUCAGACGCAGGUACUCGCACAGCACGAGGACGAGAAGCGGCUGCUCGGUGCCCCUGCACGAGAAUUGUUUCUCAAAUGCUUUCAAUAUAUUCUGCGAAAGCAGUGCUCAUGGCUUAUUGAAGAGCAGGGCUUCCCAAUCGAGUUCUCGAAGACCGUUAAAAUCAUAUGGAUGCUAUACCUAAAACAUAUGGAGCCGGAGACACCACCCGCCGGGGACGAUGCAAAUGAAACGGUCAGCGCUCCCUCCCAAACAUUAACAGAGAGAUACAGAACGGCCAACGGCGGCAGAAUGGGCCUUUCGAUGCUUUCCACCCUUGCAUUUCAUUACCUUGCAUGCGUUCAUCUGGGAUUACCAGCGCAUACAGAUGACUUUAUUAGAUGGGUUAGUUCGCUCGAGAUGCCGUACUUCCGCGCCGUCGAAUGCUUACCUGCUGAGUGGCAGAAGAAGUUACCGAACUACUACACGCAGAUAAUGGAAGGUAGCUCUGUCCCUCGUAAUGCUCAGCUACAUCACAAGAUUUCAUCUGUGGCCCUGCAGGUCAAGUUCUCUGCGCAUUUCCAAGAUGCCAUUCCAGCUGGGCCCAUGAUCCUAAAACUGGUGACACUAACUGGGCUGCCACCCGAGUUUUACCUCUAUACUACUACCCUGUUGGAAUUAAUCGAACACCACAGCUACGUUUCAGUGCUUGCGCACGACAGCACGCAUGUUGCGAGACCCCACUUAUACCCUGAGCUGCGCAUUGCUGCUUUAUUUAUCACGUCAGUGGAUUGGGUCCUCCAGCAGCAAGAUUACUACAAUAUCGAAUACCUAUUGGCGUGGCUUAGACGAGAAAAUGCCGUGCGCCUAACUCAGGAUACCGCCUCCAGAAAUAGGGAGCUAGCCCAUCUCGCACAGCAGCCUACCCAAUUACCUGUCGCAUGGAGCCAAGAACAGGCUUCCGCAUAUCUCGACUGGCUAGAAUCUGACUUUCUGCCAAAAUACGACCAUUUUACGAAUAGCCACAUUCCCCUAGAUCACAAGAUUGCACGCCGGAAGCUCUACAAUAUUCUACCACUAGCUCCAGCGGCUAAGCUCGAACCCACGCACCCUUCAUCGCGGACCUUCAUCAACACAUUACAGGAAUUCUACUUUACAACUGCUUCUUCACUAUCCACAGUAUCUGAAUCACCCGCCGCGGCUACAAGGUCCGCUGCAGUUGCGAAGGUCAGGCAUAAGCUCGUGAGAGAUCUGGCGGCUGAGUUUGGUGUGUCAUCACAGCAACUUACGAAUGCCGUAAACACAAUACAAAAACAAUGCCUAGUUGCGGUACGUCGUCAGGCAACAUAG